AGCUACAGUGAAAGAGAUAAAGAAGGCGUAUAGGCAGAAAGCUUUAACCUGCCAUCCAGACAAGAAUCCUGACAAUCCAAAGGCUGGAGGAAGACUGUGCUCAUAUAUUCUGCACACACCAUGUAGCAGGACUGAGCUUAGAGCAGCUGUUUCUAGUGCCUUUCCUAACACAGCUGAUUGGAGAGCUUGAUUACCUGCUGGAAGCUGGAUGUGCUCGCGGUUUAAUGACGUUUUUUCAGAAACAGCUGAGCUCUUCCACCAGCUCUCUCAGGCGCUCGAGGUGCUGACUGACGCUGCGGCCAGGGCUGCUUAUGACAAGCUCUGCGCUGCCAAGAAACAAGCAGAGGAGCGAACCAGGAGACUAGAUGACAAAAGGAAAAAGAUCAAGCUAGACUUAGAGGCUCGGGAACGGCAAGCAGAAGCAGACGCUGAGGCAGAUGACAAAGUCACCAGAACACUAGAAGAAGAGAUUAUCCGUUUGAGAGAGGAAGGCUCCAGACAGCUGCAGGAAGAGCAAAGGCUGAUUCGAGAGCAGAUCCAGAGAGAGAGAGAGUCGAGGCUCCCCACACAUGCAGAUUCGUCAUCAGCGCAACAGGUGAACAGAAACGUCACCCCUAAAUUAAAGCUGAAGUGGAAGUGCAAAAAAGAUGACGACACAAACGGUGGAUAUUCUCAGGAAUUUCUCCAACGGCUCCUUCAGAAGUAUGGUGAAGUCUUGAACGUUGUAAUAUCGAAUAAGAAGAAGGGAAGUGCUGUGGUAGAGUUUGCGACUGUAAGAGCAGCAGAACUGGCAUGCAAAAAUGAGAGUGGUCUAACAGCAAAUCCUUUAAAAAUCACAUGGCUUGAGGGACAACCUGAAGUUGUUGCUCCAACACCGACCAAUCACUUUGCAGCCGGAACGUUUGCUCCUUCUCAGACAUCUCUGAGCACAGAGCGGGAUUAUGAGAGCCUGGUGCUAAUGCGUAUGAGGCAGGCGGCGGAGAGACAGAAGCUCAUUGAGCAAAUGCAGCGUGAAGAUGAGGAAGAUGAAGCAGUAAAGGCCUGAGCACACAUGUUCACCAGCUUCUCUACUGUAUAUAAAUUCUUUUACUGUUCACUUGCGUCUGUCUUCACGUUUUAAAUCCUCACAAAUCAAUAAAACAUUUACUUUGGUAAAAGCUGGCAAUCAGGGUUGCGUAACUCGGUGUGUUUCUCGGCUUACUUCCGAGGGCGUGUCGGAGCAGCGAGGAUAUUUUCUCUAAGCAAACACGCAUGCUGCGAACUGCUUUAACCGGCUGGCACACGGCCUGAAACUGCUGACCUUGUCUCUGAGGUGAAUUUCUGGAUGUAUAAAUUGUUCUUGUCCUUCUGAAGCCGGAGGGAAAAUAUAAACAGGGUUUUUUUUAAUAGGAAAAACCACCAUGCAAGAUGAUGAAAGGUGAUUGGAGGCUUUGGCCUUACUGCAGUAACUGUGGUGGUUAUAAUUAUUACCUUUUAGACUUUUGUCUACUGGACACUGUGGUUUAAAGGUCACGCAAAGAGCUUCAAGGCCAAAAUCUAUAAUAAAAGGCUUCGUUUUUAGGAA